AGUUUCUUGCCGGACGCUAAAUCCCGACGCACAAAUCGAGAAUGGACCAUUCUUUUAACUCAUCCAAACUCGAGAUAUUCGCCAGGAAAUCCACAGAAAAGUUCAGGAAGCAUCUUUUCAUUUAUAUUCUAUAAUACUGGCAAGCUCAAGACGUAAAAGAGCACUUUAGGAUAAGUCAUUCUGCUUUCCCCUGUCAACUUUGAGCCUGAACUACUUGGGCUCGCUUAUCGUCACUUCCGGUAAUCAAACUGUGAAUUCCGGAAACUGCACGCGCCGAGCGGGGAGGGUUCUUGCGGCUGUUGUGUUGCAAUGGGGCGGAGGAGAGCCCCGGCCGGUGGGUCGCUGGGACGGGCCCUUAUGCGCCAUCAGACUCAGCGGAGCCGAAGCCAUCGUCACACUGACUCCUGGUUGCACACAAGUGAACUCAAUGAUGGCUAUGAUUGGGGUCGUCUUAAUCUUCAGUCAGUGACUGAACAGAGCUCUCUUGAUGACUUCCUUGCUACUGCCGAACUCGCAGGAACAGAGUUUGUUGCUGGCUGGAGUGCAGUGACGUGAUCUCAGCUCACUGCAACCUC